AUUGACGCUGAUUGUAAACGUGCACACGCAGGAUCUGACAGACGGUAUGGAUAGUUUGAAGAUUCUCCUUAUUGGGUGUCUGGUAUCAUGUUCCACUGAAUUUCGCUUACCGGUUGAGUGCGACGGGUGGCUCAUCCAGUGCUAUCAGGUUUUGUCCCAGGAGGCGUUGUUUAAUAUCAUUCAUUCCCCGUCAAGUAUUACAACACAUGGGUCGCUCUCAGUUGACUGCUCGGCGGAGACGGCUGCCGCUCGACAGCGAUGUAAUGCAACAAUACCGUCACGGUAUUGUUCAAUUCCCCUGCCGGUUGACGGUAACGUUCGGAUGUUGGCCUACCUGUGUGACAAUUCCGAUGUAAUUACAAGUAAUGCCGAUUGCUGGAGUGACUCUCGAUUCCUUCAAAAGUGGGCUGAGUGUAACAGGAUGUUGACGGAGUCAUACGAGGCCGUGAAAGACUGUCUUCAGGAAGAGACGAGGACCAUUCCAGAAAGUGUGUGCUCGUCUUCAGCUGUGUCAGUAUUUAGUGAACUGCCAUAUAUGUUACUGUCAGCUAUGGAAUCUUUCUAAAUAGCCGAAGACCUGGGUUUAAUUACCCACAUGGGUACAAUGUGUGAGGCCCAUUUCCAGUGUCCCCCGCCGUGACAUUGCUGGAAUAUUGCUAAAAGCGGUGUAAAACUAAACUCACUCACUCACUCUAAAUACUAGAUGUAGGACGAAUGGUUCCUGAAAUGAUGAUAAACAUCAUUACUCAUUAUCGGAUCACCAUGUCUGCACCUGAAACAGAAAUAAAUUGAACACUUGCAUGAAAAAUGUU